CAAACUGCACCAGUGUCAGGUCAGUGUAGUUUUCCACGACGACGAUUUUCUUUUACACAUAUUUUCCUUGUUUUUAAAAGGGAAAUCGUGGAAAAUUGUCCAUCAAUUGCAGUAGGUGUAAACAUUGCAUUUAAUAACGCAGAAUAUAGCCAAGAAAUUGACUUAAAAUAUGGCAGAACAAAUUGUUGACCAAGUGGUCGAAGCCGUCAAGGAUGCGGUCGAGGCAGCAGUUGAGAAAAAUGCAACCAGCGAAGAAACGAUAACAAAUGAAAAAGUACCCUCAACACCAGAAGGAAUUGCAGUGGCCUAUGGUUCACUGGUGAUUAUGGCUAUGCUGCCCAUUGUUUUUGGUUCCAUACGCUCAGUCAAAUUGCACAAAGCCAAAAAAGUUAGUGGCGAAAAAGCUGACACAAUGACAAAAAAGGAUGCCAUGUUCUUCCCCAUUAUUGCAUCUGUGGCCCUGUUUGGUCUCUAUACCUUCUUUAAGGUAUUUUCGAAAAAUCACAUCAAUCUCUUGUUGACUGGCUAUUUCUUCUUUUUGGGAGUGAUUGCCUUGGCUCAUUUGCUUAGUCCCAUUGUGAAUUCAUUGAUGCCAGCUGCAGUGCCAAAAAUACCAUUCCAUAUUCAUUUUACCAAAGGCGAAGGCAAAAACAAAGAAGAUCUCAUUAAUUACAAAUUCUCCACCCAUGACAUUGUGUGCUUGGUCUUGUCCACGGCAAUUGGUGUCUGGUAUCUUUUGAAGAAACACUGGAUUGCCAAUAAUAUGUUUGGUUUGGCUUUUGCCGUAAACGGUGUUGAAAUGUUGCAUUUGAAUAACAUUGUUACUGGUUGUAUUCUAUUGAGCGGAUUGUUCUUCUAUGACAUCUUCUGGGUGUUUGGCACAAAUGUUAUGGUUACUGUGGCCAAAAGUUUUGAGGCUCCUAUUAAGCUAGUCUUCCCUCAGGAUUUGAUCACCAACGGCUUGAGUGCAUCGAACUUUGCCAUGUUGGGUUUGGGUGAUAUUGUCAUUCCUGGCAUCUUUAUUGCACUGUUGUUGCGUUUCGAUCACAGCACCAAGCGCAAGAGCCGCAUCUAUUUCUAUUCCACCUUGACCGCCUAUUUCUUGGGUUUGAUGGCCACCAUCUUUGUAAUGCAUGUAUUCAAACAUGCCCAACCAGCUUUGUUGUAUUUGGUGCCUGCCUGCAUGGGUACACCAUUGUUGGUGGCUUUAGUACGCGGUGAACUCAAGACUCUGUUUGCUUAUGAAGAUCAUCCUGAGGAGAAACCCGAAAAGAAGGAAACCAAGGAGAGUAGCAGCAGCAACAAAAAGAAAGAAUCCAAAAAAGCCAAAUGAUUAUCAGGCGAUUUUCAAACACAUACUACUGACACAUCCACCACCACCACCGCAAACACCUUACAUUCUGCAUCGCCAUCGUCGUCACCGGUGGCACCGUUUAUACGUGUAAAGCGUUAUCCGAAACAUUUUUCUAUACGACCCAAUUCAUAUAUAUAGUCUGGUUUUUGAUGAGAAAUGAUUCUUUCGUUCCAGAGAGCAACAGAAACAAAAAAUAUUUUUUUAUACUUUGCUAAUGUUUUGUUUUUUUCUAAACUAUGCUAUUAGUUUAUUAUACACACACACUAUAUACAAUAUACACCCUUUUAAUAAUACAAAAGUAGUAUAAUAUUAGUCGUUUUUUUCGAAAGACCCUUUAAAAAAUGCAAUCAGAAUUGUCCAAAACAGUAAUUGUAAAUAUUUUUAAGAGAACUUCCCUCCUUCUAUCCAAUAAGGCUCUAUAACAAAUCAGCUGCUUUAUUUUGCAGUUGAAAUUCCUUUAAUUUUCGCUUUAACUUAUAUACAAAAAAAAAAAUAUAAAACAAAAUUGAAAGAGUGCAUAUAUGUAAUUAAAAAAUAAAUAUGAAAAUAUAAAGUUUAUUAAUAUGAACUUAUGCGGUAAUAAAACAAAAAUUAGUUUAUAUUUAACUAAACGA